AAAAACAAACGCGGUGUCCUUUUUGUGUCAUGCCAGAACGUGUCUCCCGUUGUUUGCAUCACGUCUGUUACAGCCGGACCGGAGCUCGUGUAAAUGGCUUUAGCACUGCAGCUAAUUGUGCGGCAAGGCAGACAAGACCCCAUUUCUGAUGCGCAACACCACGUAAGACUAAAGAGGGACAAAGCGUUGUGUGUCUGGAGAUACAUAGACCCCAUCAAAGGAAGAGGUGUGUUUGCAUUAGAGCCAAUUCGUAAAGGCUCAUUCAUUUUGGAGUACAGAGGAGUUUUGGAGAAGACUGAGAAGACUGCAACAUGGAAUGAGUAUACAUACAUCUUCAAACAUAAAGGAACAGAAUAUUGCAUUGAUGCUUCAAGUGAAGAUGGGACACUUGGCAGACUCGUGAAUGAUGCUGAAAAGCCGAAUGCGAAAAUAAAAAAAAUAGAGGUGGAUGGUGUACCCAGUCUGUGUUUGUUUGCCAUCGUUGACAUUGAGGAAGGGCAAGAAAUAACCUAUGACUACGGAGGAGAAAACCUGCCAUGGCGUUCUUGCCAAAGGCAUCAAAUAUCCAAGCCUAUGGCUCCAACUACAGUCAAGAAACCUGUUCCCCACACACCAGUCCUCUCUCCGGCUACAAGUCACACACCAGUCGUGUCUCCGUCUACAGGUCACACAUCAGUCGUGUCUCCGUCUACAGGCCACACACCAGUUGUGUCUCCAUCUGCAAGCCACACACCAGUCGUCUCUCCAUCGACAGGCCACACACCAUUCCUCUCCUCCACAGUGCUCCCUGAAGAGAUGGUUGGAUCACAGCAGCAAGCCAAGAGGCCAGGCAGUUGCAAUGAUGCUUUUGAAGAACAGAGAGGAAGGAAGAGAAGAAAGCAAGAGAAUUCAGGAGGAAUGAGGAAGAGAGAUAGGGAUUGCAAGACACAUCAUGUCGUGAAAGAGAACUUGGGCUCAUUUGAAAAAUGCUCACUUUGCCGUGGGCCAUUUUCUUCAUUGAAGUGGUGGGGGCUAAGAUGUGAAGUUUGUACCACUGUAUGGCAUACAUACUGCUUUCACUCCAAAGACAAAAGACAAAAGACUUCGCCUAUGGCUCCAACAGUCGAGAAACCUGUUCUCCACACACCAGUCCUCUCUCCAGCCACAAGUCACACACCAGUCAUGUCUCCGUCUACAGGCCACACACCAGUUGUGUCUCCGUCUACAGGCCACACAUCAGUCGUGUCUGCGUCUACAGGCCACACACCAGUCGUGUCUCCGUCUACAGGCCACACCAUCUCCUCCACAGUGCUUCCUGAAGAGCCUACUCAUAGUGUUUGA